AUGAUGAUCGAGCUAACAGGCCUCAUUCCAUCUCCCAACUUUGGGGCCACCCUCUUCAAAAAGCUCCUCGGUCUCCUCCGCCGUCCUUCACGCACCAAACCCUCUCUCACAGCCCUCCCCAACCAACUCCUAAUCGAGAUCUUCCAAUACCUCCCGCUCCUUGACCAGGCCAGCGUGGCUCUAACAUGCAAAUCCUUCCACUUCAUAUUCAACCACGUCUUCGAGAACGAGCUCUUCCGCUUCCCACGCCUCUACCAACUCCGACGACCAGAUCUCUACCCAGACGGCAUCAUCAAGCUCGGCAGAACAAGACAGCAAUUCCUCCGUCGACUCCAGGAUAAACGGGCCCGAUACUGCACAAAAUGCAUGAAACUCCACCGCCGCGAAACAUUCGCUCAACCAACAUACACCGGCCCCAUGAUCUACAGGGAAUUCUGCUGGACCGAGGCAGGCGUCGUAGACCUAUGUCCCUGCGUGUCCCUAACAAUCCACGAUAAAAACCGGAUUGUGUGCCAUCUGCGCCGCAUGGCAAAGGCCAAACCGGUUGUGCUCAAAGACGGGCUUGAGAGGUUCUUCGUGCUGGGUUCUUGUGCCGGUACCAGGGAAGAGCUCACUAUGAAUGGUUACUCGUUGGUUUCAGGACGUCCUCCGGCCCAGGCGCUAGUUCACUGCUGUGCUGUGUCGGGCCAUGCCUUUGUGGAGGCGCGCGUCAGGACGGUUCUGUAUAUCGGAAGGAAGGACGUGCUUGUUGCGGAGACGGAGUAUGAGGUUUCCAUGGAUUCUAGGGUGAUGGAGUGGUGGUCGAAUGAUGAUGGAUUUGCGGAUGCGCAUUAUAACUUGCUUUGGGCGAUGAGGACGUCGGAGAUGGGGCUUCUUUUGGGUGGGCAGGGCGACGGCCACGGCCAUGGCGACGGGGAGGGGAAGAAGAGGCAGGUGUCGUUCAGUGUGAGGAGGAAUCUGGGGAGCUGUGAGUUGCCUGCUGAUGGGCAUUGGUCUAAGCAGGACCGGCUGAUGAGUCCGUCGUAUGUGCGGUUGAUGCAUGCUUAUGGAAGCUAA